UCCGCGUUCACCGCAGCCCCACCGUGCACAACCUCGAUCGCUUGCGCGCAUUGCCAGCGAAACCCUCAUAUGCGAGCAGGAUGGUCAAGAACGGAGGCGCCUGUCUCUACAAAGAGGCGCGGCUGAACAUCGAGCCUGCCUUUCCUGGAUCGACCGUCUCGUUCACACUCCCGGCGCACUCGACCUCGACGUUCGGCACGCGCACUGCUGCAAAGCGCGCCAUUGUCACAGAACAGUAUGCCGACCAGGACGAAGAGUCGUUUACGCGCCGUCACCUGGCCGCAGACGGCUCGAUGUUCUUUCGACACCACCACGACUAUCCCCGCGCUUUUCUUUGGCGCGUCUUAGACAACAGGAAAAUUCUCGAGAUUCAAGCCGCCGAUCUCGAUCACGAUUCGAGCCACGGCUUCGAGGCCAAUCUGACGCUUCUGCUGAAGUUUCCGUCGCCGAUCCGCCCGUUCUGUGUCGCAUUCGCAGAACCCAACGACCGAGAUGCGCUCACUGUAUUCGCCAUCACCACCGCGAACGAGCUCUACACCAUCACUAUCCACCGCGACUUCUUCACAACUCUCGCUGCCUCGGAGCAGGAGAUCGAGAACUGGUGCAAGACAUCAGAGCCAGUGCUGUUCAGCGGCCGCAUUCCGUACCGGCUCGAGAGCAUCGCCGUGGACGAUCUCCUCGUGUCGCUCGACGAUGGUGCCGUCUGCCGCCUAACAUGGGAUAGGGACAACAAAGUGUGGGACGGCUCGCGAUACCAGAACAGCAAUUGGUCGGUCCGUGGGCUCCUGUCAUGGAAAGCACAGCCGACAAUCAGAUUCGACAAUGCAGAAUUUGCCGUCUCUGCCGCUGCCGCUGUCGCGCUGUCUCCGGAUAAGCAGCACAUCCUGGCCAUUUCUUUGGACUAUACGCUACGAGCCUGGAAUGUUGCCUCGGGAAAACCAGGGGCCCAGACCGACCUGCUGGGUCGAACAGACCGCACGUUGGAAAUGGUCAAUGGUAACAGCAAUGGAAAUGGCUCAUACCUCAUUGGACCUGCACAGUCGAAGCUCAUGGCGGUUCUUGAUAUCCCAGGCGGUGUUGAGGGCGCCAACUACCAUGUCGUCUCGUACUCGCCAAAGCAACACCAGUUUAGAUUCUGGGGCGUACGUGAUGGUGACGAUAUGCACAACGGCAUUGUCGACGUUCAGCCGCUCGUCGAGUUUGUACCUCCUAUCGAUGAGCUCAUGAACACAACUGUGUGGUCCAUGGAAGAGUUCCAUGUUAUACCCGGCCCGGCUGGAACUUGGAGGGGAACUGAGCUAUGGAUCCGCGCAAGGUCUGGCCCGAGCAGCAGGGUCUAUCAGCUGAAGUUUGACCUUCACGACGAGCCCGAUAAUCUGGAACGAGUAUGGAAGAACGAGUGGGUUUCUGUCGACGCAGGCCCGCUGACGGUAGAAGGGCUGAAACGUAGUCCGACCUUCCCAGAUCAGCAAGAUACCGCUCAUGAUGAUGUUGACGUAUCGGGGCAAUGGCUUGACUUUCUGUUCUAUCCAGGACGUUUCACAGUCGCCACAUUAGAGACCGCACUGAACAUCUUUGCGAGAAGCAUCGACCGAAAGCGGCCAAGCAGGGGAAUUAGCACAGGUUCACUGAAGGAGCGCAUAUGUGGUGCGGUAUCCCUGCUCGCAGGCAAGGUGCCCCAUGGUGCUCGCGACGCUGAUACAUUCGGUGAUGCCGUUUGUGCACAAUGGCAAGCAUUCUACGGCUUGGUCAAAGAAUUACAUAAACGCAGAGGGGAGUCUUUGUCACUCGUAUACGAUGCAGAGACAUCUAUGCCGUGGUUGAUUUUGAGCGAUUACGUUUCCGCAAUUCGCACUUGCAGCGAGCUGGAGCUUACGACACUAAACGCAACAGCGCUGACCAGCACUCAACCCCUGGCGGGUCCUCUUUCCAGAGCUCUGGAUAGAUCGACACCUGAUGUGGCUCGGCUUCUCAAUGCUGCAUCUUCUUUUCGACGAAGGCUUCCUUCCUUUGUGCAGCGUCGCGUUGAACGUCAGCUGGAAGCCGAUGCGCUGCAAAGUCGUUCACUCACAGUCAUCGAUCGCAUGGAGUUGAUUGAAUCGCAGAGCGAGCUCGUACAACAUGUAUCAGACGAAGAUCUGGCAAUCAUUGUCGAUGAACUUGGCACCGAAAUCAAAGACCUCAGCACGGAAACUUUUCUUCAGGCCAUCCACAUAUUGGCUUACGAAGAGCAAGGACGACCCAACAAUCGGAAGCAGCUUGCACGCUUCGGUCUUAACGCAUUGUUGCGGGUAUCGCAAGAAACUCUCGAGCGAGAUUAUCACGCAGUGCUAGACCUGUUGGUACUUUUGCUCGUCAUGUUCGUCGAGCUUGAAGGGGAGACACCAGAGGGAUUUGACGCAUCCGAGGUAUUUGUGGAGCUGGCAGCGCAAUUCAGGGACUAUAUGACCGUGUCAUGGCUGGCCCGAACAGUUUGGUCACAUCAAACGUCCACAGGGCCUGCCUCGGAGGCCGUGAAUCGAACACUGAGUGAGAAUUUGAAGACAGGCAAGAAGCUUCCGAUAACUCAGACGGUGAUGGAAGGAAUUUAUGGUAUCCGAUUCUUCGACUUGCCUCUACCAAAGGGUCUAAAGGCUGGCCAGCUGACCUAUUGGGGCCGCGCUUGGGUGGCCUCAAUGUUUAGGGAGGAAUCUCUAUACGAUUCUGUCGUCGAGGACAACAUGGGCAUCUUACUCUAUCAGAAAGAAUAUGACUUGGCCUUAGACUUCGCCAAGUUCCUUACCGACGGCAACUGGGCUACCUACCUCAAGGCCCGGUUGCACAUCGCUCUUGGCGAAAACGCUAUUGCCUCUGUCUAUUUCCACAAAGUGGCAUACACACUUGCAUUGGGCAUGUUCAGCGUCGAAGACGCCGACUCCGCUGGCCUUGUGUCUGAAACUGACCGUAACCUGUUCUCAGAAGGACUAGCGAAGUACUACAGUCAUAUUGUAGGUUUGUUCGAGAAAGUGAAAGCCUACUCAUAUGUAGCCGAGUUCGCACAAUCAGGUCUCAGAUCAUUGACAGGCCGAGAGGACCAGGAGACUAAAACGGAGCUUCUUCAACGCUUGUUCAGCGCGUCCAUUCAAACGGCAAGGUACCAAGCAGCGUACUCAGCGAUGACGCGGCACAGCGAUACAGCCUUAAAACACUCGUCUCUCCAAACUCUGAUAACCUCGAUGGUGGGGCAAUCGCAAGCCGCAGCCCUGCUCAAGUUCCCUUUCGUCGGCUUAUCAGACGAAGUAGACAUGACUUUAACAUCAUUGUGCCACAAAACCUUGAAUCUGGCAUCCGGACCUCCAUAUCAUCAAAUCCUGUACUCUUUCCGCGUUUCGCGCAACAACUUCCGCGGUGCGGCAUCUAUCCUAUAUGAACGACUCCAGCGCCUCAAAACAACGUCAUCGAAGUUUCAAGACCCCGCAGACGAAUCAUUGAUACAAGGCUACCUGAUGAUCAUCAACACGCUCUCGUCGGUCAACAAAGAAGAUGCAUACAUCCUAGCGGAGCAGAAAAUAGACGAGACUGGGCCGCCGCAAUGGGGCUUAGGGAAAGCUAAGAAGUUGCUGAAGAGGCAGAUUGUCACGCUCGACACUCUGAGAAAGGAAUACCAGGCUGAGCUUGACCGGAUAGCAGUGAUCGAGAGUGGCCACUUUCCCUUUGUAGAUCCGGCGGACGACAUGGACAUUCUAUGAUUGUAAGAUGAUUGCAGCGCGGCGUUACGGUAUUCGAGACAUACAUGGCAGGCUGGAGAUUGUGGGUAGCAUUUGGCAACUUGAACGAUAAGGAACGUAGCGAACUAGAUGUGCGUUCGAGCUUGCCCUUGGGUGACGCCUGGUUUGUGGAAAUCCUGCACUGCAGCUGCAAGACUAGGAACAACGAAUUUACAGCAUCAACAGGAAGCUUCUUUGUUAGUGAUGUUGUGCUGAAGUAGAGGUGCUAAGUCGUCAGUGGCAAGCCUAUUGGCUGUGCUAAAGACGGCUUUAAAACGCUAAGACGCGAC